AUGAAGAAUAUCAAGUUGAAUUAGCAAGAAAAAAAAGGUGAUAAUCCAAACCCAAUAGAAAACGAUGUAAAAGAAGAUGAAGAGGGGGCAUUUAUUGCAUUUAACAAAAAUGAACUUUUUAAAACUCUUCCCGUUGAGGAAAAAGGUAAUUAUCUAAUCUGCAACUAACUUAUAGCACUUGAAAUCCUAUACACUGUAGAGAAAAACAACACAACCAUUGUAGUAGGAGAAACAGGUUCUGGCAAAUCAACGAAACUCCCGCAAUUUCUCUAUUAAGCUGGUUAUUGUAAAGACGGCAAGAUGAUCUGUGUUACUUUGCCUAAGAGAGUCUCAGUUCUAAACAUCGCAAGUAGAUUAGCUUUUAAUAUGAGCUCUAAUCUGGGUGAUGAAGUAGGUUAUUCCAUUAGAUUUGAUGCAAAGUUUACUGAAAACACUAAGAUAAAGGUAGUCACUGAUGGCAUGCUCCUUAGAGAGAUGCUUAUCGAUCCAUUGCUAAGUAAAUACUCAGUAUUGAUGAUAGAUGACUGUCAUGAAAGAAGUAUUUAUACUGAUAUUAUCCUGGGACUGCUAAAGAAGAUAAGAAGGAAAAGAUAAAAUGAUUUGAAGAUUAUAAUAUCAAGUGCUACUAUUGAAGCUUAAAUGUUUUGGAGAUUUUUUCAUGAGCCACCAGAAUUCAAGGCAUAGAUAAUAGAAGUCGAAGGGAGGUAAUACCCAGUGGAAAUCUUAUACUUAGAGAAAUCCUGCAAGGAUUAUGUGGCUUAGGCUGUCUAGACUGCAAUUACUAUUCAUAUGAGGGAGGAGCUUAAUUCAGGCGAUGUUCUAGUAUUUCUGACUGGAUAAGAUGAGAUCAACAUGUUCAUAGAGUAGUUCAAUCUUGCUGCAUAAUGUAUAUACUAUUAAUCUUAUGUAAGUAUAGAAAAGAAACUAUCACAUUCAGUAUUCUGUCUGCCGUGCUAUGCUAAUUUACCAAUGGAUAAACAAAUGAAGAUAUUUGAGCCAACUCCUAUCAAUAAAAAUCUUGAGUCUCUAGUUGUAAUUCCAGCUUCAAAGUCUUCAUGUGAUUAAAGAGCAGGGAGGUCUGGUAGAGUCGCUGCAGGAAAAUGCUUUAGACUUUGCACAAAGGAGGAGUAUGAGAGAUAUUUGCCAGAGCAAAUGAAACCAGAAAUAUAGAGAAGCGACACUAGUCAUUUGAUCCUGUAACUCAAAGCUCUAGGAAUCAGGAAUCUGCUAACUUUUGACUACCUGAGUCCACCAAGCAAGGAGAAUUUCAUCAGAUCAUUAGAGGUUCUCUAUAGUCUUGGGGCUAUUGAUGAUACUGCUUAGCUUACUUAAGAUAUUGGCAUGAAACUGGUGGAGAUGCCAAUCGAUCCUAGAAUGGCUGCUGCAAUACUAAAUUCUAAUAAGGAAGAGUGGAGAGUUACUGAAGAAGUUCUAUCUGUAGCUGCAUUAUUACAAGUUCAAAAUUUGUUUGUUACAGUAAAAGAUCCAACGAUAAUUCAGAAAGCGAAGAAAAAGUAUGGAGUUAUCGAAGGUGAUCACAUAUCUUUGCUCAACAUAUUUAACAUCUACAACUCUAAGAAAUCUGACAAUGAGAAGAAAGGCUUCUGUCGUGAGGUCUAUGUUAAUGAAAAAAGUUUGAAGAAAGCAGUCUAAAUUAAGUAGUAGCUGAGAGGAUACUUGAAGAUGCUGAACGUUAAAGUUCUAAAGUCUGAUGAUUAUGAUGAUCCAGAGGCUAUAUUAAAGUCUCUGAUUACUGGGUAUUUCGCUAAUGUGGCUUAGAGACAGGUAGAUGGAACAUACAGAAAUGUCAGAAGUAUGACUGAUGUCCUAGUUAUUCAUCCUUCAAGUGUACUAGCAAAUAUCAGACCUAAAUGGAUAUUAUACAAUGAGAUAGUUGUAACUUCGAAGAAGUUCAUGAGAGAGGUUUCCGAAGUAAAAGUUGAAUGGCUCACAGAGCUAGCUCCCCACUUCUAUGUUGAUAAGAGAAAGCAAAUCUUGGAGGAGUAACAUAAAAGAGAAUCAAUAAGAAAUCUUGAACAUGAUUAUAAAGGAAAGCAGCAGAACACUGGAUAAAAUUAAUUACCUGCUUAAAACGAGAAAUCAAUCACAAGUCAUCUUUAAAAGUAACAAAAUAGAUUUAGAAAAGGUAUGAAUUUCUCAAUGAUAGAAUCUGAUCCAACUAAUAAAGAGGAUAUACAGCCUUAGUCAUAUAGCAACAGUAGUGUUACUUCACUGGCUGCUGAACCAAAGUCCUUCAAAAGACAAAAGAUCGAGGAUAAUAAGACAGAUGGUAAAAGUAAAGCUGCAACUAAUAAAAAACCUACUAUCGGUUUGAGUUUUUAAGAUGAAGAGUAUUGA